CAACCAGAAAACAUGCUGAACGUUCUGGAAAUCCCUUACCCCUUCUCUCUCCAAAACCCUCCCUCGCUCUUAAUGCAGUCCGGUGUAUAAAACCGCGCAACCUCAUCUCUAAAACCCGCUCUUGUCUUCAGAAGUUUCAGAUCCUCGCAUCGUCCGCACCUUAUCCUCUAGACUUUACAGUACCUGCUCUCAGCUCCUCCCUAUCUCAAUGGCAUCCGCGAAUGCCAUCUCCACCGCCUCCCUCCUCCGGCCCCUCUCUCAGGGCAGGGCGACGAGGUCACAGCGGUUCGUGGUGCGUGCGAACGCCAAAGACAUUGCCUUUGACCAGAAAUCCAGGGCAGCGCUGCAGGCCGGCGUCGAGAAGCUCGCAAACGCCGUCGGUGUCACCCUCGGGCCACGAGGGAGGAAUGUGGUGCUCGAUGAGUACGGAAACCCUAAAGUUGUGAAUGAUGGAGUCACUAUUGCCCGUGCUAUUGAGCUGUAUGAUCCAAUGGAAAAUGCUGGUGCAGCAUUGAUUCGUGAGGUUGCUAGCAAGACCAAUGAUUCAGCUGGUGAUGGGACUACAACUGCGUCCGUCCUUGCUCGUGAAAUCAUCAAGCUAGGCCUUCUGAGUGUAACAUCUGGUGCAAAUCCUGUAUCACUAAAGAAAGGAAUAGACAAAACUGUGCAGGGCCUAAUUCAGGAGCUUGAGAAUAAGUCUAGACCAGUCAAGGGUGGUGGUGAUAUCAAAGCUGUUGCAUCUAUCUCUGCUGGCAAUGAUGAAUUUAUCGGAUCCAUGAUUGCUGAAGCAAUUGACAAAGUGGGGCCUGAUGGUGUUCUAUCAAUUGAAUCCUCCUCAUCUUUUGAGACCACUGUUGAAGUUGAAGAAGGAAUGGAGAUUGACCGAGGUUAUAUUUCCCCACAAUUUGUGACAAACCUCGAGAAAUCAAUUGUGGAGUUUGAGAAUGCUAAGGUUCUUAUUACUGAUCAGAAGAUCACAAGCAUAAAGGAAAUUCUUCCAAUUUUGGAGAAGACCACACAGCUGAGAGCCCCUCUGUUCAUUAUUGCUGAGGACAUUACUGGUGAAGCUUUGGCAACUCUUGUUGUUAACAAGCUUCGAGGAAUUCUCAAUGUUGCAGCGAUUAAGGCUCCAAGUUUUGGUGAGCGGCGGAAGGCUGUACUUCAGGACAUUGCCAUCGUCACAGGUGCUGAGUUCCUAGCAAAAGAUCUUGGUUUGUUGGUUGAAAAUGCUACAGAGGAACAACUUGGCACAGCAAGGAAAGUCACGAUACAUCAGACUACAACAACCCUCAUAGCAGAUGCAGCCAGUAAAGAUGAGAUCCAGGCGAGGAUUGCACAACUGAAGAAGGAGCUUGCUGAGACUGAUUCAGUUUAUGAUACUGAGAAAUUGGCCGAGAGAAUUGCUAAGCUUGCCGGUGGUGUUGCUGUUAUCAAGGUUGGAGCUGCAACUGAGACUGAGCUUGAGGACCGGCAGCUAAGAAUUGAGGAUGCAAAAAAUGCCACUUUUGCAGCUAUAGAGGAGGGCAUUGUUCCAGGAGGUGGUGCGGCAUAUGUGCACCUAUCUACGGUUGUCCCUAAGAUCAAAGAAGCAAUUGAGGACCCUGAUGAGCGGCUUGGCGCUGAUAUUAUUCAAAAGGCAUUGGUAGCACCUGCUUCAUUGAUUGCACACAAUGCUGGAGUAGAGGGUGAAGUGGUUGUCGAGAAGAUCAAGGAGAGCGAUUGGGAGGUGGGCUACAAUGCAAUGACUGACAAGUACGAGAACCUGAUGGAGGCUGGUGUGAUCGACCCUGCCAAGGUGACCAGGUGUGCGCUCCAGAAUGCGGCCUCAGUAGCUGGAAUGGUCCUAACCACGCAGGCCAUUGUUGUUGAGAAGCCAAAGCCGAAGCCUCAAGUGGCAGAGCCACCGGAGGGAGCCCUUACCGUUUAAAACUUAACGUUCUUGAGGCUGCUGUCCAGACGGUUCAGAUCUGUUGAGAGGGUAGAACUUUGGUUUGAGAAUUUUGGUUCAGAUCCACUGGGAGUUGUAGAGUAGGAUUGCUAUUUUGCAGACGAAGAGUAAUUUUACUCUGGUCUGAACUUAUCCGAAUUGAAGACAUUUGCAUCACCAUUUUUUAAAAAUAAGCUCAUGGCGAUGCUGGAUUGUACGAGCAAGUACAGUAUGUUUUUAGCCUCUCAAUUUUUGCGUC